AUGGAGACCAACGCUUGGGGCGAUGAGGCCCCUGACGACGGUUUCGAAAUCGUCGGGGGCCAGGAAGCCCAAUUUGGCAGACACCGUUAUGUGGUUGGGAUCAAGAAGUCGCCCGUUGGUGAGACCUUUUGCGGCGGCAGUCUGAUCGCCCCCAACGUCGUUUUGACAGCGGCGCAUUGUUUGGACGGUGUUGUACCUUCUGUGGUCGUGGGCACGCACUAUUUAACCGGUUUUGCCGACGGGGAACUGGCCAAUGUCACCGAGAAAAUCAAACACCCCAAUGGCACCGACGUGGGCAUCAUAAUCUUGGACCACAACAUCUCGAUCACCCAACCUGUUGCGGUGUCGUUUGAAUUCGUUCCGGCGGACGUGCUCACUUGGGUACGCGGCUGGGGAAACAUCUGGCAUAAUGGCCCCCCAUCUCGAGUGCUCAAGGAGGUCAGCGUCACGACAUGGAACAACACCAGGACCUCGGCAGCGCUCAACCGCUACAGGCGAGUGACUGAUACGAUGUUGGGUGCAGGGGUGGAAGGAGAAAACUCCUGUCACGGUGACUCUGGGGGACCACUGACCAUCGAACAAACGGUGCCGUGCAAUUGGUGGGGGUGGUCAGCUGGGACUUUGAAUGUGGUCUGCUCGGCACGCCAGGUAUCUAUGAACGCGUCAGCGCUGCUCGUGCCUUCAUUGAACCGUACUUGCCGAAUUAAGUCAAGCUUGCGCGUGCCAUAA